AUGGGGAAGGCGGUGGCGAUCGAGAAGGUGGUGGUGCAUCCGCUGGUGCUGCUGAGCAUCGUGGAUCACUACAACCGCGUCGCCAAGGACACGCACAAGCGCGUGCUCGGCGUGCUGCUCGGCGAAACGGCGCGCGGCCGCAUCGACGUCACCAACAGCUACGCAGUGCCAUUCGAGGAGGACGACAAGGACGCGAGCAUCUGGUUUCUGGAUCACAACUACCACGAGGCCAUGUUCGCCAUGUUCAAGAAAAUCAACGCGAAGGAGCGAGUGGUGGGGUGGUACUCGACGGGCCCCAAGAUCCGCGAGAGCGACCUCGACAUCCAGGAGCUCUUCUACAACUACUGCAGCGACCCCGUGCUGGUGAUCAUAGACGUGCAGCCGCGCGAGCUGGCCAUCCCCUCGCAGGCCUACUGCACCGUUGAGGACGUCAAGGAGGACGGCACGCAGAAGAGUCAGAAGGCGUUUGUGCACAUCUCAUCGGAGAUCGGCGCAUACGAGGCGGAGGAGAUUGGCGUGGAGCAUCUGCUGCGCGAUGUGAAGGACGCCACCAUCACCACCCUCGCCUCUGAGGUGAGUGCAAAGCUGGUGGCGCUCAAGGGUCUGGAGUCACGGCUGAGGCAGCUGCGGUCGUACCUGGAUCUGGUGGCAGCAGGGCGGCUGCCCCUGCUGGCGGACAUCCUGUACGGCGUGCAGGACGCCUUCAACCUGCUGCCCAACCUCAACGUCGACGACCUCGUCAAGGCCUUCGCUGUGCGCACGAACGACAUGACGCUGGCGGUGUACGUGGCAUCACUGGUGCGGUCCAUCAUCGCGCUGCACAACCUCAUCAACAACAAGGUGGUGAACAAGGAGGCGGAGAAAGCAGUGGACUCAAGUGCUGCACCAGCACCACCCGUCUCCUCUGCUGCUUCCUAG